GAGAACCGAAAAGUCAUGGCGGCCGACAGGUUGUGAUGAGCCAACGAAAAAAACAGUGGAGUCUUUCAAGUUGGAUUUAAUAGAUUUAAGCCAGUCCAGUGGGUAAAGCUCGACUGACAAGAUGCUGGUAACUCUGAAGACAUUACAACAACAAACAUUUAAAAUUGACAUCGAUGAGGAGGAGACGGUGAAAAUAUUAAAAGAGAGGAUUGAAAAGGAGAAGGGGAAGGACAUCUUUUCUGUUGCAGCACAGAAAUUGAUCUAUGCCGGUAAAAUCUUAAACGAUGACACGCCUCUCAAGGAGUACAACAUUGAUGAGAAGAACUUUGUGGUGCUAAUGGUGACAAAGCCCAAAAUGGCCUCAGCCACCACACAGACUUCAUCAACCUCUUCAGCUCCCGUCACCACGGCUCCUGCAGCUCCUCCUGCAGCCCCUCCUGCAGCUUUGUCUAGUUUAGAGAAUCCAGCAGAGCCGACUCCGUCCGACAACAAGUCAGAGGACAAAACAGAGGUGACGCCACCAAGCUCUGACCCAUUCUCCACCAGUUUUGGCAGUAGCGGAAGCCCUGAGACUUCACCGAACUCAAACUUGAUAAAUGAAGCUGUUUCAACUCUUGUGACAGGUUCGUCGUAUGAUGCCAUGGUAUAUGAAAUGAUGCUCCUGGGCUUCGGGAGAGAAGAAGUAGUGGCAGCUCUGAGAGUGAGCUUCAACAACCCUGACAGGGCUGUGGAAUACCUGCUGUCGGGUGUGUCAACCAGAGAUCAGGGUCCUGCACCAGGACCUGAUACCACGGCGACUCCAUCAAGUGGAGCUCCAGCUGCUCCCUCCGGAAGUGUUAACACUCCUGCCAACACUGGAUCUUCACCAAGCGCUACAGCAGGAACCAAUCCCUUGGACUUCCUAAGAAAUCAGCCUCAGUUCCAGGUGAUGCGACAGCUGAUUCAGCAGAAUCCUGUCCUGCUUCCAACGUUGCUGCAGGAGAUCGGCAGGGAGAACCCAGACCUGCUGCAGGAGAUCAGUGACCACCAAGAACAGUUCAUCCAGAUGCUGAAUGAGCCAAUUCCAGACCCAGCUCCAACAGGUGGCGGAGGAGGACCGGGUGGAGCCGGAGGAGUGGGAGGUAGUACAUCUGGUGGGGGUCAGAUGAGCUAUAUCCAGGUCACACCACAGGAAAAAGAAGCUAUUGAGAGGCUAAAAGCCUUGGGUUUUCCAGAAGGACUCGUCAUCCAAGCCUACUUUGCUUGUGAUAAAAAUGAGAACUUGGCUGCCAACUUCCUUUUACAACAAAACUUUGACGACGAUUGAAGGAGACAUUUUUUGUUGUUGUUUUCAUUCUUCCACUGUUUUGUUAGUCAUGUUCAGUAUAUCUGCAAAUAAGCCUUUUAAUUUCUAAAGUGUAUUUUAUUCCCUGGUUCCAAAGCAAAGUUUCAUGAUUACACUGGAUAAUUCUCAGUUGGGAUCUGCUGUAAAAGGACAAGCUGUUGUUAACAGGUUACAAUGGAGUAGUGAUUAAAAUCCAAUACCUUUGCAUCAGAGUUUGCCUAUGUGCCUUUUGUUUUAUUGCUUAAGAACAAUUGUUUGUUUGCAAAUAAUAGGGUAAGGCUAAGAGGUUCUUACAGGUUCUUACAUUUGCUUCUUGAAAAAAGAAUUAAAUUGGAACCAAUCAAGCAACAUAUGUGUCUCCUUCUGUUCGUCUUUAUUUUUGCACCAUAAUAUACAGUAUGUUGAAUUUUACAAAUGCAACUCACUAUAUUUUUGUCUUCCCUUAUAUCAAUUCCAAUGAAGAGACAACCCAGAGAGCAUUUCCUGUUGUAAAAAUCAGGAUGAUUUAGCUGAAUAAACCUGCAGAGGGCAACAUAGACCACAAAAUGUUUCACAUUUAACAGGCCGACAUGAAGGUAUGCAACAAAUAAUUGUCGAUACUGUAUGUUAAGCAUCCCAACAUGGGUAAAGCUCAUAUUUAAUUUAACUACAUCUUGGUUUUUAUCCCCUUUUAAAGCUUGUGUACAAUUAUUGAUAUCUUUAAAUAAUUCCAUGUAUACCAACUUGGAAAAAAACAUGUUAUAUGUUUCUAGCAAAAUAAGGUAGGAAGGUAAUGGUCAGGCUAUGAAUAUACUGUAGACAAGUCAAAAAUAUAAAUAAAAAUAAUCUGGAAUAGGAACUAAGUAUGUUAAAACUUCGAAUAUACUAUUUCCAAAGUAAAAUUGUAAAUUGUUUUGAUACUUGUGUGUGCAAGAUAUAUGUACAUAAACACAUUCUUUUUGUGUUUAA